AUUAUUUCAUACCCCCAGCAUCGCCAUCUUGUUUCUGAAGUCUCGCGAGAUGAAAAUAAGCAAUCGAGCAUGGCGACUGAAACGUCUGAAAACUGUUCUGGAAUUCCUCAAUCUGACUUUGUGGAAAACGUGGAUGAGUUUAUGAAAAAACCAGAAAAUGAUAGUGCUGAAUCAGUCUUGCGGAGAUUUGAUGAGUUACACAGUAAAUACAAAUUCAUGGAGUACAACCUGAACACCAAAAAGGCCAGGUUAAAGAGUCAGAUCCCAGACAUCAGGACAUCAUUAGACAUUGUGAAACAUUUGCAGUCUAAAAAGGAUUCUACUGAAUCAUUGGAAACAAGAUUUUUGAUGUCUGAUCACCUGUUUGCUAAAGCUAAAAUUCCACCAACGGACAAAGUUUGCCUUUGGCUUGGGGCCAAUGUGAUGCUAGAGUAUGCUCUGGAUGAUGCAGACUUCUUGCUUGAGAAGAAUUUGAAUGCAGCUGUCAAAACUCUAGCACAAGUUGAAGAAGAUCUUGGCUUUCUUAGAGAUCAGAUGACCACACUGGAAGUCAAUAUGGCAAGAGUUUAUAACUGGGAUGUCAAGAGGCGGCAAGCAGAAAAAAUGUUGAAAUGUUAGUGGUUUUAGGGCUAUGAAGACCACAGUGGAAGAUGUGGAAGGUUUUAUCUUAGGGUAAAAAAAUAACUGUAAUAAAGUUUCCACAUUUGAUUUAA